GUAGGGAUCGGCACUUGAGUUUUGCAGAGGAGGAAGCUGAGCUGGCUCAGAUUCCGGAAGUCAUCGGACCUAGGUCACAGAAAGAACCUGGGGCCUGCCCUCCCCCGCUGCAGGCCAUGAUGACUCUGCAAUUAAUCAUGUUUGCUCUGGUGACAGGGCACGUCGGGGGAGAGACCAGAAUCAUCAAGGGCUACGAGUGCGCCCCUCAUUCACAGCCCUGGCAGGUGGCUCUGUUCCAGAAGACGAGGCUGCUCUGCGGGGCCACUCUCAUCGCCCCCAGAUGGCUCCUGACAGCAGCCCACUGCCGCAAGCCGUGGGUGCGGGCCACCCCCCCACCACACCUCUCUCCAUCUCUUGUGUCUCCCUCCCCUUCCGUCUCUGACCCGCGGUGUGUCUCCCACUUCAGCCGAUACGUGGUUCACCUGGGGGCGCACAGCCUCCGGCAGCAGGAUGGCUGUGAGCAGACCCGAACUGCCACCCAGUCCUUCCCCCACCCAGACUUCAACAACAGCCUCCCCAACAAAGACCACCGCAACGACAUCAUGCUGGUGAAGAUGAUGACCCCGGCCCAGCUCACCUGGGCCGUACGACCCCUCACCGUGUCACGGCGCUGCGUCACCGCGGGCGCCAACUGCCUCAUUUCCGGCUGGGGCACCAUGUCCAGCCCCCAGUUGCACCUGCCCCGUACCUUGCGAUGUGCCAACAUCACCAUCAUCAAGCACAAGGAGUGUGAGGACGCCUACCCCGGCAACAUCACGGACACGAUGGUGUGUGCCAGUGUCCGAAAGGAGGGCAAGGACUCCUGCCAGGGUGAUUCUGGUGGCCCUCUGGUCUGUAAUGGGUCUCUUCAAGGCAUCAUCUCCUGGGGCCAGGAUCCAUGUGCUGUCUCCAAAAAGCCUGGUGUUUACACAAAGGUCUGCAAAUAUGUGGACUGGAUCCAGAAGACCAUGGAGAACAAUUAGCCAGGACCAGCUGAUCACAGCCCAAUCCCCUAAUCCCUACUUGGGGCUGAGGUUUCCUGUUCAUUCUGUUAAUAAGGAAGUCUGAGCCUCAUGUACUUUGUGGGGGGAGAGGCCUUCUUGACCACGAGAGAUGCUGUUAACUUGGUAAUCAGUGUGAUUACUUAGUAAUCAGGGUUAGGAUUUGGAGUUAGGAGACCUGGGUUCUACUCCUGCCUCAUUCUAACUUGUGACUCUGGGAGUGAAAAUAGCUGUGUGGUUCACUGUUGUACCUCCAGCUGCAAAUGCAAUUCCUGGCACACACUAAGGUUUCAAUAAAUAUUUACUAAACGAA